AUGAAUAAAUUGCCUUCUUGAACAAAACGUACUUGAAAACCCAAAGCAGAAGAAAACAGCUUUUCAAUUAAAUAACGUGACACGCGCCGCGCGGUGCCCAGAAAAAAUAAGAGGCUCAACUUCCCAAUCAAAAUUCUGUUGUUCUCCCUAGCCCCCUGGUCCCGCGGCUUCCUUCCUUUCACUCACCACUCCCAACAUUUCCUCUCCAACAAAAAGAAAACAAAAGAAUCUACACUACUUUUGAAUAUAUCAAAUUUCGUUUCAAUUCUUGAAAAACAAGCAUGGGUUUCUUCAUGGGGUUCUUCCUAGGUGCUGCAUUGGGUGUUGGUCUCAUAGUUUUCUUUGCUCGAUUUCAGAAUAACAGAUCCAAAGCUCGCAUUGAUUUGGCAAAAGCCAUAACAUCAUUUGCCAGGAUGACAGUUCAAGAUUCAAGAAAACUUCUGCCUCCUGAAGCAUACCCUUCUUGGGUAGUCUUUUCACAAAAGCAAAAGUUGAAUUGGCUUAACCAGCACUUCGAAAAGAUUUGGCCUUAUGUAGACGAGGCAGCAUCAGAGUUGAUAAGAACCUCCGUGGAACCAGUUCUUGAGCAAUAUAGACCAUCUAUCUUAGCUGCUCUGAAAUUUUCAAAGCUCACAUUGGGUACUGUGGCUCCAUCAUUCACAGGAGUUUCCAUUCUUGAUGGUGAUCAUGGAGAAAUUAUAAUGGAGUUGGAAAUGCAGUGGGACGGAAAUCCCAAUAUUGUUCUUGAUAUUAAAACUUUAGUUGGUGUAGGACUUCCUAUACAGGUCAAGAAUAUUGGAUUCACGGGGGUUUUCCGGUUGAUAUUCAAACCACUGGUUGCGGAGCUUCCUUGUUUCGGAGCUGUUUGUUACUCCUUGCGGCACAAAAAAAAUUUGGAUUUCACUCUCAAAGUUGUCGGUGGUGAUAUCUCAGCUAUUCCUGGAGUAUCUGAUGCCAUUGAGGGUACAAUACGGGAUGCAAUUGAAGAUUCUAUCACCUGGCCUGUCCGCAAAAUUGUUCCCAUAUUACCAGGAGAUUACAGUGACCUGGAGCUAAAGCCGGUUGGUAUAUUACAAGUCAAGCUCAUCGAAGCCAAAGAGUUGACUAAUAAAGACCUCAUUGGGAAGUCGGAUCCUUUUGUUGAAUUGUUUAUACGUCCACUACGUGACAGGACAAAGACCAGCAAAGUUAUUGAUAACUGCUUAAAUCCUAUCUGGAAUGAGCACUUUGAGUUCAUAGUUGAAGACAUAUCCACUCAACAUUUAACAAUUAGAGUUUAUGAUGACGAAGGGAUUCAGGCUGCUGAAUUCAUUGGUUGCGCUCGAAUAGAUUUGAAAGACCUUGAGCCUGGUAAAGUGAAGGAUGUGUGGUUGAAACUAGUGAAGGAUUUGGAGAUCCAGAGGGACACCAAAAAUAGAGGACAGGUACACUUGGAGCUUCUCUUUUGUCCUUUUGGCAUGGAUAGUGUGUUUAUGAAGGGAUUUAAACCCGACUAUGCACUAACUACCUUGGAAAAGGCCCUUAGACCAGAGGCAGCUAAUUUUUCACAAGCAAACUCUGAGAAGAAAGGGGACAUCCUCUUUAGAGGAGUUCUUUCCGUGACAGUAAUAUCAGCAGAAGACGUACCUGUUACUGAUCUGAUGGGAAAAUCUGAUCCUUUUGUUGUACUAAUUAUGAAGAAAUCUGAACAAAAAAAUAAAACCCGAGUUCUAAACAACACCCUUAAUCCAGUGUGGAACCAGACAUUUGACUUUGUAGUGGAAGAUGGAUUACAUGAUUUACUCAUAUUGGAAGUUUGGGACCAUGACACCUUUGGGAAGGACAAAAUUGGUAGAUGCAUCAUGACCCUCACAAGAGUUAUACUAGAAGAAGAAUUUAAAGACACCUUUACCUUAGAUGGUGCCAAGUCUGGGAGAUUAACCAUUCAUCUUAAAUGGACACCACAACCUAUAAUCCGAGAUUGAUUCAUUUGAGAUUAGAUUUUUUUUUCCUUUUGCCCUGGUUAAGAGUAUAUAUGAUAACAUUUUACAGGAAAUGCCAAGUCUAAUUAGAAAUGAAAAGAGGUAAAGGCAGAACUUUCAAAUUUAUCAAGAGAAGCAACAAUCUUCUAGCCUUUCAUAUGCUAAUAUUUGUUGUAAUGACAAUGUCAAAGGUAUUCUUUUUCCAGUUAAACAACUUCUCCAGUUUCAUGA